AUGGCAACAAAUUCUGCUGAUAACUCCUCCAAUGUUUCUGCUGUUCACACAGCCACUCAACCAGCUGUUGUGGUUAUCGAUUCCUCUUACCCCUAUUAUCUUUAUCCAUCUGAUUCACCAGGCAUGAUUUUUGUCAACUCACUCUCUGAUGGAAAGGGAUAUGGAGGAUGGCAUAGAGCCAUCGUUAUUGCACUAUCUGCCAAGAACAAGCUUGGUUUUAUCGAUGAAAUUUAUUCUGAACUUGAUUCUUCUUCCACUGACUUCAAACAGUGGAAUCGUUGCAAUGAUAUACUUGAGAUUAGAUUUGGACAAUGCAAUGGUGCUCAACUUUACCAGUUACAAAAGGAGUUAAAUGAUCUAGUGCAAGGAACCUCUGAUGUGGCAGGAUAUUAUACAAAGGUAAAAAGGAUUUGGGAUGAGUUAGAUACCUUGAAUACUUGUGAACACUGCACCUGUGAAUGUGACUGUGGAGGAAAGUCCAGAACCUUGAAAUCCCUUCAAGAUGGUAGGCUCAUUCAAUUUCUCAUGGGGCUUAAUGAUACCUACUCAGCUGUGAGGAGCAACAUUCUGAUGAUUACUCCCCUUCCUAGUGUCAAUCAAGCAUAUUCUCUUCUCAUUCAAGAUGAGAAACAAAGGGAAAUUCAUGUUGCACAACAUCCAGUCUAG